AUGGGGAGCUCCACCACCGCUGCUCUGCCAUCACCUCAUUUGUCCCCCGGCCACGCCAAAACCACCCCCAACCUAAUCGACAGCAAUUCGCCGGGCAUGUCUCCUUCUGACUUGAUCAGAUCCUCUUCGGCAACGCUCACAACAAGCCACGAUCAAUUGGACCGGAAGAUGAUGUCGAAGAGCUUCCCAGGGUGUGGGGAAACGCAUCGAGUGGAGGACUGGUAUGCUAGAGGUUUCAGGCAGACGCAAGAUCAAGAAGGCAGACCCAUGAUGCUCUGUAUAUCUUGCUCCCAACAAAAAACCGUUCCCAUUCUGAUCGGCCUCAAAAACAUCAGGUCCGGCAAGCACGAAAAAACGCCUGGACAUGGCACAUUGAUAAGUGUUUGGCAAGAGCAAGAGGGGCUGAAAGUGUUGCAAGACGUGGGGGAAGAGAGGAAGAGGCUGGAGAGAGAGAUGGUUGACCAGGGGCUUUCGGGAGGGACGAGCCGUGCUGCGAAUUGGAAAACAAGUUACGAAAAGGAGUUGAAAAGUCUUGCUGGCAUCAUACACCGUCAUACCAUAGACGAAACAACACUUUACCACUGUGCUCCCUGCUCGUUGCUCAAUCACGCCGUUACCUCCUCAGACCUCAAAUCCAUCGGGGAUCUGGUCGCUCACUUGACGCGACCAGAUCAUCUGACUGCCUGCCAAAUCUACCUACAACAGCGUGCCGAAGUCGUCGGCGUAGGGAGCAUCAAGCGCAAGCAAUCAAAGAAGAGGAAGGCCAAGGAGCUUGCCGACGAUGAGACUGCUCCCGGAACAGAUGCAGAGCCGUCGAUGUCUGUCGCUCACGCCGAUCCUUCCAAUCAAUCCCUGAACCCAUCUGUUUCGACUGGCUUCUCUGGUGUAUUGCCCGAAGCACGCGAGGACAACCAUCCGACUCCUAAACGGCCAAGAUUGACUCCACCUUUGCAAUCUCCACCCUCAUCUACCCGUUCAGCCACCAUUGCCGUCCUCGACGCCAUACAACCGCAGAUUGAUAAGUCGACAUCAAAGAGAAGAGUGAAACAAUCGAGGCCAAUAGAAGAUUGGUAUGCUAGAGGUUUCACCAAGACGCAAAACCAGCAAGGCGAAACCAAAUUCAUUUGCGCACCUUGCUCUCAAACCAACUGUCCAAUGACCAUCUCCAAUCCAUAUAGCCACGAAAGGUCUUUCUCGCAUGGGACAUCGCUGCGCCGCUGGCACCAUGAAGAGGGGGGGAGAGUGUCAAUGGAUAUCAGGAAAGAGAAGCGGAGGCUGGAGCGGGAGAUACAUGAUGGCGGACUUCAGGAAUGGGUAAAGCAUGAUGCUGAUUGGGUGAGAGGUUACGAGGUGGAGCUAGAAAGACUUGAAGGUAUCAUACACCGCCAUACAGCUGAAGAAACGACGAGAUAUUACCACUGCGCCCCUUGUUCAACUCUCAGUCAUUCCGCCCUCUCUUCAGACUUGCAUUCGAUCAAGGACCUGGUCUCUCACUUGGAGAGCCCAGAGCACCUGGCACUCCAACCGCUUUACCUGCAGCAGCGGGCUGGAGUUGUCGGCGUAAGCCUGAAAACAAAAGCAGCGCAAACAAAACACAAUACCGCCGAGACUCCCGAGGUGGAGAUUCCGUCAAGGGGAGGCGAAGAGCCGUUCCUGCCUGCCGCUUCCAACGAUGUUUCCGAGUCUUCGUCAUUGAGCUCCUCCUUUCCAGUGGAACAGUCCACUGGCCCUGCCCUCGAAGCUUCGCUCCAGCAGACACCCACCACGGAUCAACCUGCUCCCACUUCUCUACCCGACACGUCUCCUCCUAUCCCAACCGCCUCCUCUUCUGUAUCGCUCAAGACAGCCCAAGCUCCUUCCACCGACGACCAUAUACCGCUCGAUGAAGUGCUGUCCUCCUCCAGGCUGUCCCAGAUCCAGACGAUCCAACGGCUGGGCGCCAAUCUUGAAAGAACUUGGCAAGCGUUACUGGCCGACACAUAG